CCGAUUCAACAUGGCCUCCAAAAAGAAAGGUAAGGGUGGCAAAACAAGCUCGAGUAAAAUUGCCAAUAAAAAGAACAACAAGUUGCUGAAACAAGGCAAAGUGAAGAAACAGAAACAACUGCAAAUAAGAAAACAGAGGAAGGGUGUCCGAGAAGCUGCAGCAAGAGGUCACAUCAACGAAAAAAAGGAAAAAGUCACAGACCAGGAAGUUGAGGGAGAACAGAACGGGGAACUUCACAAGAGUGAUUUCAAAUUUUUCUUGUCAAAGGGACGAGAUCUUUCAUUUGCCAAUCUACCUAAACAGUUGAAAAAUGAACCUCGAAGUCGAAAGAGGAAACCUACAUCUGGGGAGGAUGACGAUUUGUCUCGCUAUGAAGAAGUACCGAGGAAGCUGGUCAACCAUGACAAGAAUGCCAACAUGAAAAUGCUGCUGCCAAUCAAAGGCGACAGUGGCAAGGUCAUCACAAGAAUGGUGGAGGAGAUAGAUGAAGAUGAGGAAGGGGAAAAUGGUGAAGUCGAUGCAGAGGAUAUGAAGGGUCCAGAAGCUGUGGAGGAAAAACCUCUUCGGCCACUUUCUAACGUGGAGCUCUUGGUCAUGAGAAGCAGGAAAUUGCAGGAGAGGAAACAGACCAUUGCUUUGUUAGCUACUUCAAUACUGGAAAACCCACAAGAAAACAUCCGGCGUGUGCGUGAGCUUCGUCUGAUGCUGAACGAGAAGGAGCCUGACCUGUACAUCACCGUAAGGAAGCUAGUGAUGGUGUCACUGAUGGAGGUGUUUAAGGACAUCGUCCCUGGCUACAAGAUCAGGCUGCUCACAGACAAGGAGAAGGCACAGCAGUUGAAAAAAGAAACACGAAGCCUACACGAAUAUGAAUGUGCACUGCUCCUUAAUUAUAAGGAGUACCUGGAACAUCUGGAGAUGUCAAUCAAAGGAAAAAUGCCAAAGAGUAAAAAGCAGCCUGAGAUGGAGAUUCCCAAAGAUGUGUCAAGGUCCGUGUCUGAGCUGGCGUGUCGGUGUAUGAGUGAGCUGCUGGUGCACCACCCCCACUUCAACUACUCCUCCAACAUCAUUACCGUCCUGAUGCCACUGAUGCGACGGGGCGCCGUGCUGAGGGACCAGGUGAUCAGCACCGUCACCAAGGUGUUCCGUGAUGACAAGGCAGGACAGGUGACACUGGAGAUUGUGCGAAGUAUUGGGCGAAUGGUCAAAGCGUGUAACUACAGUGUCAAGCCUAAGGUACUGGACACACUUUUAGCUCUCAAGAUCAGAGAGGUCGACUUGUCCACAUUUGGGGAAAAUCAGAAAGUCGAGAGGCGGAAAGAACAACUACAGAGAUUGUCAAAGAAAGAAAAGAAGAGGAAGAAAGCGAUGGACAAGAUCAAUCAGGAGCUGCAGGAGGUCCAGGCCACAGAAGACAAGAAGAAGAAGCUGAAACUGCACACAGAGAUUAUCCAUGCAGUGUUUGUGACCUACUUCCGGAUCCUGAAGAAUGCCACACAGUCUGUGCUCCUGCCAUCAGUCCUAGAGGGACUGGCCAGGUUCGCACAUCUCAUCAACAUAGAAUUCUUUGAUGACUUAUUCAAGGUGUUUCAGUCCCUCAUCACGUCAGGUGACCUGACGUACCGCGAGAGUCUGCACUGUGUCCAGACAGCCUUCACCAUACUGACGGGGCAGGGCUCCGCCCUCAACAUUGACCCCAUGACUUUCUACAAGCAGCUCUACCAGAUGCUCUUCAAGGUCCACGCAGGACGCUCAAGUGACGACGUCCCCAUCAUCCUGGACUGCCUGGACCUCAUGAUCAGCCGUAGGAGAAAGCAGGUGUCCCAGCAGAGGAUCUUGUCGUACAUGAAGAGGCUGAGCACACUGACGCUGCAGCAGAUGCCCCACUCGGUGCUCGGACUCCUCUCCACCAUCCGGGGACUCAUUCAGGGCUUCCCCUGCACGGACCGGCUGUUUGACAAUGAGGCUGAGGGGAGUGGAGUGUUCCGCCCAGACAUCGAGGACCCUGAACACUGCAAUGCCCAGAACACUGUUGUGUGGGAGCUGACACUUCUACAGCACCACUUUCACCCGGUCGUCCGUCAGUACACAGCUCACAUCAGUCGCAUGGCGCCGUCUACAGGGGAGGGCCAGUUGGCGACGAAUCUGGCCAGAGUAGCUCCGAAAGACCUGUACAGGCGCUACGACUUGACCCAGCACAUCCUAGACACAUCUAUACCUGCACAAGUGAAAACAAAAAAGAAAAAGUUCCAGCCACCACGGUUCCACAGUGAGGAGCUGCAGAGCUACAUGGAGAAACAGUGUGCUGCUGUGCCCGACCUGCCCGGUGAAGACAUGAUGGACAUCGGAUAACACCUCGCUUGUACCUAAUGUAAAUAAACCAUAACACAUG